AAACAUUCUGUAAAAUCAAACAGAUUACAUAUUAACAGUUUCAAAAAUGAGUAAACUAAAAUGUGUGAUAAAUUAUAAAAGUUUAGAAUUAGAGCUUCAGGAAGCUCUUAGAGCAGAUGAAUUAUAUAAAUUACAAAAUGAUACCAAGAUUAGAGCAGUUGAGCAAAAUGUACCUACAUAUGAAGCUUUUAGACAAAUGGUACUAGCAGCUCAUCUGAAACCUUUACAACACAGUGAUAUUCAACCUAAAAUGAAAGGAUCUUGGAAUCCUGUUGUUAAUAAUGAUAAUUCCAAUACGACAAUGCUAUUUGAUAAGUUAGACAAAAAGCAUGUAAAAGAUUGUUUAAAAUCAUUAAAUAACAAUAAUGAUAACUAUAAAGAAAUACCCACUACACAGGAACAAUUUGUACAAGUUUGGAAAACUAUUACAACGUACAAAAAUAAAUUUAAUUAUCUCCAAAGUAUAAGACAUAUCUUGCGCGACAAAAUAUUUCGUACUGAAAUCCCUUCGACAUUACUUGUAGAAAUAAUAAAUGUAUGCCUUCAGAAUUUUUCGGAUGGGAAUAACGUUAUAACCACUGCUGAUAUUUUGAAUACUUUAAGUGAAUGCAAUAGGUUUUCUUUGGCAGUAAGCUUUAUGGGAAAAGAUGAAAGAGAAAUGUGUUCACGGCUUUUUAAUAAAAUUCUUAUUAACGUGGACUAUAAAGAUGCAGUUCUAAGAGAUGCGAUUAAAACACUAGGGUUAAUUUAUGAAGUCACAUUUGAAUAAUGCUAUGUAAUGACUAAUGAAUUCAUAAAAAUAAAAAUAAGUUAUAUGACAUAAGAAGAAAAACAAUCGUAGGUGAAUUUCUAAUUUAUCACAAAUAUGAUACUUGAAAAAAAUAAUAU